UUAGAUGGCUGUGCAGUCAUGAGAACCCAAGUUUCAUCCAUAGCACCCUCAUUAACAAAAAAGAAAGUCAGGCACAGAAAGUACAGUUUCAUAACUCCAGCACUCUGGCAAUGAUGCAGGAGAGUCCCCGGGGCUGGCUGGUAAACCCUCCUAGGCAAUUGUCAAGAUCCAUCCUCAGGAGAGGAUGAUCCUGAACACACACACACACACACACACACACACACACACACACGGAGUGGGAGAGAGAAUAGAGCUAACAAAGUUUCAUGAAUUUGCAGAAUCCAAGAUCAUCAUGCAUCAAAAUCUGUUGUACUUUUACAUUUGCCAUUACUACAGCUAGACAGUGACAGUACUCUGAAUCAGCUUAGCAGAGAGGAAGUGAACUGCUAUUUCUUGGCCUUCAGGCUGAGAUCAAAUAUAGGAAGUAUAAAACUUAGGCUCUCAGAAGCACAAAUCUUGAAAAUGUAAUGAUGACCAGCAUAGGUGGCAAAACACCCCAUGCUCGUGGAUAAAACUUGCUAAUGUUGAUAGGUGUUAUUCCAUUGUUAGAUGUACAGAUUCACUGCAGUCUACAUGACAGUCUUGCCUUAUUCUUUGUAGUUGCUAAUAAGUUAACUCUGCAAUUCAUAUAUUGAAAUUUAAGGAGUACCAAGACAAAAUUAUGAAGUCAUGUUUUUCACAUUCAAAACUUACAAUACUGGUGUAAUAAAGACAAGGAGAUUCAGGCAUCUAUUGGACAGGAUCUCUGUCCCUGUCUCUUUCUCUUUGUGUCUCUGUAUCUCUCUGAUCUCUGUCUCUGUCUCUCUCUCUCUCUCUGAUUUCCUUUUAAGUAAUACUAAAAGCAUUACUGUUGCAACCAAAUGUCUACAUUUGAAAGCAUGAGCAUGUUUCCCUCACUCAUAUAAUACACAGACUAUCUUAAAAUAGAUCCUAGACCUAUGUAUGAGAGUUAAAAAUAUGAGGCUAUUAUGUAAAUAUAUAGGAGUGUAUCACUGUAGCCUAGGUUUAGACAAGGCUGCUUAGCUAUGACAGUACAGUGCUAUGACUCUUCUUUCUGAAGGGAUUCAGACAUUUCAAAGUUGACUCUGUGAUACUUGCCAAAUUUGAUUCUCAGAGAAUACGAAUAGCCACUAAAUUAUACACUUUAAAAUGGUGACUGGGAUAUGGUGUGUGAGUUCUAUUUUAAUAAAACCUGUAUAUAUGCAUAUACAUACAUAUGUGAGAGAGGGUUGAUUAUGGUGAGUAACUGAAACACAGGUUAUGCACAUCCUAAACCACAGGGUAACAGGGGUUGGGGAGAAGCACUCAGAGAAGAGUCAUCCAACAGAGUGGCGUUAAGCUGGCUUACCAAGUAAGUAACUGUAGUUUAAGAUUAAACCCUUAACACUCUGGGGGUGGGAGGGUACAUGGGAGAUGCAUUUAUGACUUAUUUCCAACCAGGGUUGGUGAUUCCAGUUAACAUUUGACUGAGAGCUGACACUCAUUUCUUUGUUCAGAAGUGAUAUUAUCCAUGGAACAUAGCGACUCUGCUCAGGUGACAAGAGGAUAAUUACACGAUGGUGUUAGCACAUGGAUUUCCUUUAGCUGGAGUUUGGACCAUGUAUUGGGAAUACAGAUACUCUUCAUAGAACUGCUAAAAUUAGGGAAAGGGUACAAGAAAACAUUAAAGUGUGUGACCUAGAUCCUCCACAUUCUCUCCUGGUCACCUUGUGGCCCACUAAAAGACCAGUGGCUAAUGGCUCUGCUUGUUCUUAGAAGGCAUCCCUUUCCUGGCCAAACUCAUCCCUCCAAGUCUCCUUGCAGGCUUGUCUUAUCCGUUAUUUCCUCUUCUGCACCUUCUUUGUGGCUUAUGUCCCCUCCAUUUUCCACAGUCAUAUGUACGUUUUAACAUAAGUUAAAGGACAAACACAAAGCACUCUCCCAGCACCCCUGGCUUUUCAUGUUGCUCUCAUAUUUCUGGACAGAUCUUUACUGUAAACCACUUGAAAGAUGGUCUACAUCUUUUAUGCUUCACCUCUAGUUGACUUUUUAAUCCACUUUUAAUCUUGUCUUUCCUCCAAAGCUUUCUAAUGUCUUGCAAGUCUAGUGAGGUGUGUUUGUCCUAUAUAUUUAGCACUUUUCUUUUUUCUUAUUUUUUCUUUUUUUGCCUCCUGGGGCAGAAUUUUCCAUAAAAUGUUGUCAUUCUCUUUUUCAUAAUUUCUCUACAACCUUUGUGGGACUCAAAAACAGCAUUCUCUGUCCUCACUGGCUCCCAGGCAUUUCCCUACACUGUGGCUACUGGUGGUCUCCAAGGUUCUGUCUCUGUCCUCUUUCUUUCAGCAGCAUCAUAUUUUAGUUACACACAUCUUGCAUUAAGAACCAGCUUUAGUCCACCUAUCAUUCAUGAUUUUGCUCUUGUUUAGGACAGUUCUAAUUCCAAUAUCAGAAACUCUCUGCUGUGAUCUCAGAACUGGUUGCUGUUGUUACGUGGGUCUGUUCUUGGGCUUACUUUCCAUUGUCCCUGAGCUUGAUUGUGUCCUUUCUUCCUAGGCCCCCUCCACAUGGUAACCAGUCACUUGACCCCUGACCUGCUCUCCUUUUCUACCAGGAUUCAUCACAGUUUAACCAGUAUGGCUAAGGUUGAUGGAAUUUAGUCCAGGCUGCUCGUUCUGAUGCCUGGGCUUGGUGUGCAUUUUUAUUAGGAAGAGCAAGGGGUGGUCUAAGGCUUUGUUGUUAGGUCAGGGUAUGUUUUUUCCCCCUUUACCUUUCAUAAUGAAGGGGAGCUGAUCUUAAAGAUCUAAAAUAUCUACCCCCAGGAGGAAGCAAGUUGAGGCAAACAGUGAAGUGCUAUCAGGUAAAUUGAAGUGAAUUUUUUGGUAUCUGCGCGCACUGGGAAAUAGACUUUUUCAGAUGUGAUGAUUGCCUUCCCUGUCAGUCCUAUGAAAGGUGCUGGCUGUGCUAAAAUUAGGCAGAACCACAUGACGUAUGAGGCCCUACAAUGAUGAAAAUAUUCACAUUUAUUGACUUAUUUCUAUAGCAUCAUUUCACAAAGAUUAUGAGGAAAUGUUUAAGCAUUGCUCUAGGUGGGGAUAUAUAAUGAUGAUAGAUAAAGAGAAAGUUCAGUCAUGAGAAAAAUAAUAGGAGCCAAAGCUACCCAACCAUGUACAUAAAGAAUUUAAAUCCUGUAAUGAAUGUCUGUGAGCACUGUUGCAGCAGCCAGCUAUCAAAUGGCAGUGGAGACUUUCCUUCCUGCCAUCCAGUAAACUUGAUCACUGUGUGGUCUUCAGUUCUAGGGUAUCUAGGCUAAUGAUAUCUCUGGCCUAUUGCAGGCCAGUUGACUCCCUAGGAGGCCUACAGAUCCCUAACAGGUGUCUGCACUAUGCCCAGACUGAAAGUCAACCCUGUAUGGGAUUCUCUACCUGGCUUAUGCCAGGUAUGGACAUGGUGUUUUAUUUAAUUCUCACACAAAAAAAUUAGUAAACCGGAUUUUAUCAACAGUGGAAAGAGCUAAGAAGAGGUAAUAAUGGCCAUUGUGUGUGUGAUUGUCCCAAGUUAAGUUCUCAGAGCUGGAGAGCAGUGUCCAAGAUGGCCAUUAGGGAAUUCUCUCUGGAGGAGAAUCCUUGAUAGAGACCUACCAGAAGAGCAUGAUGUGGAGAUGGAAGAAGGGAGAAGUUAAGAGGUUAAGAUGUGUUACAGUUCCAUGGCAACCUUGGCCAACUGGAGCUGAAUUCAUCAGGACUAUGGUGGAAGAAAGUGACCAGGCUUUUUCUCAUUAUCUUAGUCAGUCACUGGGAACCUGUGGACUUGGGGACAAUGUUCCUUCAGAAUGAGGACAUCCCCAUAGGUUGCCUUCUGACAGCAGUGCCCUGAAGAACACAAGCAGCUCACUUCUAUGACCACAAUCAUUGUGAGAAAGGAAUGUAUUAGACAUUCAAGGAUUCAUGGACUUAAUGUUAAAGAAUCCCUGUCUAUCUGGGUUUGUUUGUUUGUUUUUUUUUCUCAAUGUCCAUCCUUCUGUCCCACCUCCAGUAAUAAAACUGAUGCCUGAAAAAAAAAAGUCACGUAAGUCAAUUGUUUUAGGGCCCUCAGCUAUAAUAAUGGAGUUGCACCUGAACUCUGGCUGUGUAUUAUUUUCUGAUGCUGUGUUACACAGUGGAGAUACAGUAGUGGGAGAUACAGGAAAACAUAGGGGAUGGCUAAUCACCUAAAAGUCCAUAUAAGGAUACUAAAGUCACAUUUUUGAGAAAUAAGAAGGCAAUACAUUGUAUAUUAUAAUAUAAGAAAAUCAGGGAUUUGAAGUGAUUGGCCUGAGCUUGGAAGUCUCCACUUUCAAGCUAUAUGAAUUUCAGCAAGGUCUAUAAUCUUUCCCAGCCUCAAUCUUGCUAUCUUCAAACUGGGCAUAAUAAUACCUUCCUCUGUGGCCUACCAAACCCCCCUAGCAGAAUCCACACUAAUAUUACCUAUGACCACAUUUCAAAUUGUCUAGAUGCAUCUGCCAGGGCAUCCCAUGACCUCAGAGCCACAAGAGGCCACAGAGGACCUAAUCUGGGCUAGGGCUGGGAAAAUUAAGAAAGAUGAGGAAGAUGAAGAUCACACAGGCGGGAUCCCUGGUGAACAGGCUGACGGAGGAUGAGUCUUUUAGUCAAAGUUCUUGGCUUGUCUGCUGCUGUUCCACAGAACCCCUCAGUCACAUGGAUAGGUGCUCUUAGCUCAUUUUCCAGAAGACCGUAGCUCAGAGUGAUUUUGUAGAUGACCAUAAGAAUGUACCUGAUUUGUAAAUUCUUUCUGCUAGUUCAAAUAUUUCCAUAUAUGUUCAGAGUCAACAUGAGUCUGACAAGGACUAUGAAGAAAGAUCUCUUCCCCAUUACCCUUGUUGUUAAGUUCCCAUCCUGUCUGAACCUCAAGGGGUUUCCUGGACUACUUUCUUCUCAGCACCCCUUUGUGAGAAGGUCCUCAUUUGCCCUACUCCCAGGAAUCAACACAGAAUGGUUUAUCUGCUAGACUUGGAAACUUCCCUCCCUGACUGUGACCCCCUUGCAGAAUGGUUUGUGCCUUGAUCCUGAAGUGAACAUUCGCUGACUUGAAUCAACGUUGAGGAGGAAAGAGUUCAACUGAAUUCCAAGUGCAUGAUGAAUAGGUUCAUGAUAUGGCUGGUGGCCCUGGAUUCCAGGGAACCUAACCUUUACAUAUAGCUAGGAGACAGAUAGAGUGAAGGCAGAGGCAGUGAUCAAAUGAAAAUAAUCAACAGGAACCGAAGAAGCCACCACAACAACAUCAGUAGCCAUAAUGCUGAAAUGAGGCUCAGAAGAGGCAGAAUUUACCAACAGUGGGACCUUGGAUACAUCAGAGCCCUUACAUUUCCAAAUAAUGGAGGAAGCAGAUUAGAAAGAACAAAUAUGCUAAUGGAAAGAGUCACAGUCAGUACUUCAGGACAACCUGUGGGGUCCUGCUCAAAGGUCAUGCAAAUUUGCAAGCAAAACCUCAGCACUAUGAGCGAGGUAUUGCACAUCAUGGGUUUGGGGGCUAGCAUUCUAUCAAAGGGAUGUGCCUAAGGCUACCAAUAAUCCAAUAUCCCCAAGGUACAGAGAUUUCCCAACUCAACUGGAGCCAGUGAUUAUGUCUCUAAGGUUCUUAAUGUGAGGUGGCUAAGGGCAAGACAGUCCUGACAGCCUGGGGCCAACACCCUGGGACCUACUUGGCAGUGCCCAGUUUCACAAUGCAGAUUUCUAUGCCAUCUACCACACAGGUUGCCUGCUCUAUCUGGCUGAGAGAAAUGACAUUGGGCUUGCUUUUUCUGGAUCAGGGGAAGAAGGGCUGAUAGGUCCUUCUAAGGUGGGGGAGGCAAGGAGAAAAGCUAAGCUAGAAAGUCUUGAUUUAAAGUAAAUAUUGGCCAAACUAAAAUGAAGAAUAAAAACCUGGAGACAGUUGCAUGCCUGCCUGGUGAUGAAGACUUAACAGAACUUCCUCCCUGAAAGGGCGCCCAAACUAAGAAGAGUUUAGCCCACUAGCCAUGGCUAGGGAACAGAGUAGAAGGUGGGUGUAAUGGAAGAUUUGCACAAUGAGAAGGAGGUAUUUAUAAAGAAAUAAAUGGCAUAUGUCUUUAAUUUGCACCCUCCCCCCCAUGACAAACAUGAAACUAAUAGCUGGGUUUCCUUUGGACCACAGCUUUUGAUUCUUUCACUACAGCCUAGACAUCAAAUCCUUUGCUCCAAGUCAGAGUAGAAAUCACUGAGUAGGUAAACUUCUGAUGUAUGAGAAAAAAUUACUCUCCUUACUGCGUGGGAGCUUGUUAAUCACACAGGAAUGUGCAUUCACGAGCAUGCCCUGCAGAUGACUGUCUUCUUUAUGACAAGGGAAGGUGUUUGGGCCAAGAGAGUCCAGUUCUCCACUGAGUGAGGUGACAUCAGUUUCCCUGCCUGGUUUGUCUUGGGAAAUAUUUAACCAUAGCAUUUCCUAAAAUCCUUGAACACACUACUUCAAGCAUCCAGCUAAGAGAGGGUCCCCAUAUGGAGGAGUGUCACUCCAUGUCAUUCAGCAAACACUGAAGGAGCACUAACCAUCACACUUGGCACUGGGUAUAGCAACAGACUUCACUAAAUUUGCAGAGAGUGUGUGUCCUGUAUCCAAUCAGGAAAACUGUAUAGCUUUGUGACUCUAGGAAGGAGCAGCAAUUCACAGGAGGCCCAUGGAAGACAGGUACUACUUAUGCUGAGGACAUGAGAAUGUUGCCCAGGGAGGAGGCAAGUGAACUGUGCCAUGAGGAUACGUUUCAAAGCCAAUGGGAAAAGGAGGGCAUGCCAGGUAGAAGUAGUUUAGGCUGCAGCCAAAAGAUACACACAUGUGAAUGUUUUUCUAGGAAGGUGUUUGUUCCAGCCACAGCCACAUAUCUGUAGCUUAUGGAAUUUGAAAAUCUUAAUGAUUUCUGUGACAGGUAAGGAAACUGGAAAAAAGAGAGACAAAGUGACCUUGCAAAGCCUGAAAUGAUGACCUGUUGAGAGUCACUCCCUUGAUGCAUGUGUCCGUAGCUUUAUUGUGAGAGUUUCCUCAUAGAUGAGGAAUACUUCUGUCUGUCCCCAUGCCGAGUGUGGGCUGUUCCUCCUUUCUUUGCAAGUCUGCAUUUCUCUUGGCUUUUCCUCUUUCACUGCAUCUAUCUACCCACCAAUCAGUCAUUUCAACUCACAUGAAGAAGGUACUACGGAAGGCAAUCUAUUUGCUAUUUGGAUCGUAUGCUCUUUAGAAGGACAUAUUUUUUAUGUUAGCCAUUCUUAAAAUGGCCUUGUUUGUCCCUCCCAUCCUUUAGUCCUCCCUUCCUUCAUCUGUUUUCUUUUGUGAGUUUGUGCUAUUGAAGAACAAACCCUGGCUUUGUGCAGGCUAGAAAACUUCCCUCCUGCUGAGCUAUGCUCCUGAUCCCUCGCUCUUUCCACUAUUUCUCUAAUGUUUUAUUUUAGAAUAAUUUCACAUUUUCCAUUUUCAAAUACAAGACAGAUAUUUCCUGUCUGCCUUCCUGUUGUGAUAUCCCACAACCCUAACACAUUAAACACACACACACACACACACACACUCCCUUUCUCAUACACACACACUUAAUGCCACAUACAUACACAUAUACUUACACACACAAACACAAUGCAAAGAGUCACAUAGACAAUACACAAGCACACAGUCAUACACACUCAGUACAUAAACACACACUCAUACACACUCAAUGCCACAAAUAAAUACACACACACACACACAUUUAUUACUGAUUUAAUAGGCAAAGGCAUUCAAUUUUACAUUCCAGCCAUUUAAAUGUGUCUAAGAGUGAGUGUUUUAGAGCUGAGCAGACACUGGGGUACAGCUUGCUGUGUUGUUUAUGUCUCUGUCUCAGUUUAUCCAGAAAACUAUUUUUAGUACUCUCUCUCUACCCAGCACCAUUAGUUUGUGUUAAUUAAGAUGGGGAUGAUGGGGAUUCGUGUUUGACAGACCCUUGCUACUUGCAAAAGAGUCACUCAUGCCCUAUUCAGGGGUCUGGAGAGCUGAGUCCCAAUGGAGACUGCUAGUAGCCUGCAGCAAGGGAAGUUUAUGAUACCCCUGUCUCUCCUUCCUUCAAGCCCCUUGUGUCUAAGCCUCACUGAAGAGUUACAAGGUUGUCCUCUGCAGAGCUGGUCCCCUGCAUUUUCCACAGGCCCUCUGUGACAUAGGCUGAUUGCAUACACAAAGAUGUCAGAGCAAAUCACCACGUCGGGAAUUGUCGGGCAAACAAUCUGUGGAAUAAAAUGUGCCCAUUGCCAAGGGGUGGGGGAGGUUAGCAAGGAGGAUAUCUUGACAGAGGAAGAGAGAAGUGUUGGAUGGAAAUUAGCAGCUGAAGGCUUGCAAAGGGAGAAGAGGCAGAGGGAGAGAGAAAAGGGAAGAGACAGGCAGAUGGAGAGGGGGAGGGAGAGGGUGGAAAAUAGACACAGCUUUAUUUCACAGUCUUGCUUCACCCUCCGCCCAAGCAGCCUGUGCUUUUGCAGAGAUCUUGUCUUGCCUCAGCUUGUCGUUCCCCUGCUGACCUCUGCCAUUAGACUCCUGGACUCCCUCAAGCUCCCACUUCCACUACAACAGUUGUGCUUUUCUCCCACAUGGGAUUUCCGGUUUGUGCAGCAAGAAAUGUUCUCUCUGCAGAGAAGACAAGCUUCUUGCUUGCUGAUCCGGAUGGCUUGGGGCUCUGUAGAUCUCUGCUCCUGACACCCUGGUUGGGUCCAUAUCACUGACAUCCCUAUGGAAUUAGAAUUGCUGGCAAAUGUGGAAUUAUGCACUCAAGAUAUAUUAAUGUAUCUCUUUGAUAUAGUGUACAAGUUCAGUAAAGUAUAUGUUCUAAAGUAAGUGCGAUGGAUUGGAUCUGAAGUGUCUUCCAAGUCCCAUGUACAAAAGACAUUUUGUACCAUUCUGUGCCAUUGGAAAUUUACUAACAAAGAGUCAGGCUCUGCCUUGAAAGAAGAAACUGCCCCCCUCCCCCCAUCAACUGUGCUGUCAUAGAUCACAAGGAUGCAGCCAUGACCAUGUGGUGUGGAAUCUUGAAACCAUAAGAGAAGACCUUUUCUCCUUUGAUUUCUAUGCCAUAGGUAUUCUGUUAGAGACACCAAAUGCUAAUACAGUGGCUGUGGCAGUAAUGGGAAGAGCUACACUCUUUCUGUUCUGUUAUAUAGCUCAGAGUUCAAUGCUGAUGAUCAAGACAAAGACCUAAGCACUGUACCCACUGCAGUUUGAACAAGAUAGAGCUGUGUUUCCCCCAACUGCAUGUUUAAUUGGUGACUGGAGUUUUGCCUUAUAGUAUGAGUCUCUUGGAUGGUUUGCCAUUCUGGAACAUAAUGAGGGCAACUACCCAACUUCACUUAAAAACAACAACAACAAACAAACAAACAAACAAACAAUAACAGAAAUUACUAUGAGUGUGAAGAACCCAGCCCAGCCUCUCUUCUCUUUCCCUCCUCCUCCUGAACACUGCCAGAGUGUGCCCUGAAAAGUCUCCUUCCAAUUUCCUUCCUAUCCCCCAGAUUCAAGGUGCCACAUUUAAAUCUGGGCCAUGUAUUAGGGUCAUGUGUAGAUUCUGAUUUUUUUUUCUAAAGUAGAUGUAGGUAAAUUGAAGCUCUGAAUAAUUAUGUCUCUUAAAGAGCUAUUUUUGGUCUCUCUGUAGUCCAUUUUCUUUUUCACUCUCUGUGGCAUCUAACCCCUUGCUCUGUACCUCUUUGGAACCUCUUCCCCACUUAUGAAAGGGAAAACAAAUUGCACUUUGGAUAAAAUCCAUUCUCACCAACGUACUUCCUUUUUCUAAGCACUUUGUAAUUUGAAGUCUUUAAAUGCUAAAGGUGGCUUUGUCUUUUGAGGCAUUAGAUUGGGCAUUAGCUUGCCUGUGGUGGGGAUAUUAGGAUGAGAGGACGGUAACUUUUCUUCUCUUUGCUUCUUAGUAUGACCUUCUUAAAGGAACACUCCUUUUAAUCCUUUUAGGACAGCUGCUUCAAAGCUGUAUGCAGACCCACGAUCCUUGAUUUUAUGUGUCAUUCUGGAUCGGCAAUGGUGCAGACAUUCAGGGUGUUUCUGGGUUGAUACUUUAUAUACAAUAUCAAGAUUUAAGUCUACAGACUUUUGAAAAACAGGGUUCAUUGGUGGGUGGGCCUCAUCCAGUCAGUUGAGAGCCUAACUAGAAAGAACAAAGACAGGAGAGGAGAGAAUUCUUCCAACAAUUAACCCCAUCACUCAAACUCCAACCCCAUUUUCAACUAUUCUUGGGUUUCUAUCUUGUUAAUCCAUGCAGCAGAUCAUGGAUGUAGAGUUUCCAUAAUCAUGGUAGUGAGUCCCUUAAAAAAAAGUUGUUCUCUUUCCCUCCCUCCGUGUUCCUUCUGCCUGCCCCCCACCCUGCUGUGUGUGUCUGUCUUUCAUAUAUAUGUAUGAAAAUUAAAUAAUUUUCUAGGUAUGUGUGUAUUGCUCUGUAUGUUUAUUGCAAAUGUUGCUGACAUUACUGUACCUGUACAAUGCCCUUGGCUCUGACCUCUGGUGAACCUUAGGUAAUAGAUAAUUAGCACAACCCUGCUCCUUACCUGUAGCCCCUUUCCUUCCCUUUAUUUCACUUUCCAUUUCCCAUUUCCUUUCUCUAGGACUUUGUAUUUCCAGAUUCCCCAUGAGUGGAGAGACGAUCAACAGUGUGUUCAAAACCCCACCCCCAGUUCUCCAGACUGCAUCUCCUACCACCAAGGACAAAUUAGAUCCUCAGGAUCUGCAGAAACUGUUCUUGUGUUGCCAGUCUUCCUUACACCGAUUCUAUCUAGAUGCAUGGCAAGAAAGAGAUUUGAGAGAACUUAGAGAAUUGCGUGUAGGAGAGCAAAUGAUGAGACAGGAGUGGUAAUACCAGUGUGCAGUUCUGAAAAGUCUUUCUAUGGAUAGCUUACCGUUGGCAUUGCUAUCAUCUCAUCUUUGACCUUAUCAUGUGAUGUCAUCUCUAAAUGGGUAGGACUAUAUGCAUAGUUGUCCUGAUGUGUAUACACUCCAGGGGCCACAGAUGGGAAACAAAUUCUAGAGUGGUGUGUGUGUGUGUGUGUGUGUGUGUGUGUGUGUGUGUGUGUGUAUGUCCAAUGAUGGUGAUGCUGACAGGUUUAAAGUGUGAUCACAAAAAGUGUGAUCAGGACCGCAGUGCCCAGCUAGGGUGAGAACCUACACAGACCUCAGAAUGACAGGUGAGCUAUCUGAGACAUCCGUACUUAUAAAGUAACCUUUUGCUCAUUCAGAAAUGAUGUGUGUUACAAUGGCUAUAUAAAUCAUAAGCUCCACUUCUGAUAAAUCUGGCUACGUUUUAUUGACUAAAAUUCUCAUAUCUGAAGCCUAUCUUCAUUGUUGGUUAGCCAUGUGGUAGCACCACCUGCUUUCUCCCAUGAUUAACUUCUCACAAUAUAAAUAAUAGUGUGUUCCAACAUAGACAUAGACAACAACCAAACAGCCUUUAAAAGUACUGUCAAUCUCAGCUCUGCUACUAUGAAAAAAGUCUUAUCCGAUGCCCAAAUGAUGAAAGAAAAAUUGAGAUUUUAGUAUUUGGUAUGUGAACCUUGAAAGUUAAAGUUUCUCUCACACUCUUUGAGGUUAUGUGUUAGAAGUAUACGCUGUCUUUAUUAUCACUUGAAUGUACAUAUAGAAAGUCUACUGUAGACCAGGAUCCAUUCUGAGUGUAGCAAUAGCAAUACAGCAGUGAACUAUGAGGCUCAAAAGAAAAUAAUUAGUGAUUUCUUUCAAAAAUAAUAAGGAAUAUUCUUUCCUCUUUGAAUGUCUAAAGAUUUGCAUCCUAGGUAAGCCCAGAUCCUAUCCAGCUAACAAUGAUAAUAUGCAGGUCCCUUGUCAACCUGAUAUCCAAACAUAUCACUUUUAAAGCCUCCUGUUCCAAGAGUCUCAUGGCUAUCUCAAAAUAAAAAAAAAAAAAAAUACACACAAUCCAAAUUCAACAUAGCCUUUAACAAUUCCAAUAUGAAAGUCUAAAGUCUAAGUCUCCUCCAAAGGCUCAACAGGAAUGUCUUAACUGUGAGCAGAGGUUACAAACUUUGAAUAUACAAUAAUACAGAAUAAAUACUUUCAUUCCAACAGGGACAUGUAGAAUCAUAACAAAGAAAGACCAGACGUAAACCCAGUAUGGCAAACACUAAAUCCUUAAGCUCUACCUUUAGGGUCUGAGGCUCAGGAUGGAUUUAUCUAAAUGGCUUGGAGAGUCCCCACCUACUCAGCUCUACUUCUUACAGCAUGUAUAGCCCCUCUUCACUCCAUGCCUGUAACUGGCUUUAGCACAGUUCCUAUAAAACUUGCAUCUCAGAUAUCCUGGGUUUGUCCUGCAAUUUAGAUAUCACCUUCAUAGCUUUGCACAAUGGACUCUUUGGGAUUCCUUUCAGAAAACAAAGAAGACAAUCCUGCCACACAAUAUUUGUCCUCCCCACUCUUACCUCUAGCAUGCUUACAGAUGCAAAAUUACAUGGUUAAAACUGGCGAAUUCUACUGCCAGGUUAAAAUGUGGCCAAGAGUGGCUCAAUAUUUGAAACACUCCCCAAGACAGUUGUUUUCCAAAGCAAGAAUAUUCCUAAUCGUUUCUGGAAAUAUAUAGAAGAAACCACUAAUUUUUGUCUUUUGACCCUCAUGGCUCGUUGCUGUAUUGCUAUUGUUCACACUUAGAAUAGGUCUUGGUCUGCUGUAGAAUUUCCACACCUGUAUCCAAGUGAUAAUAAAGGUCGUUGUGUACUGCUAACACAUAACCUCCAAGAGUUUGAUAGACAUUUUGACUUUUUCUCACAUACCAAAUACAAAAAUUUCCAAGUUUUCCUUUUCCUAUCAUUUUGGGCAUUGGACAAGACUUUUUUCUUGAGUAAGGCCUUGAGCAGCACUCUCACCUUAGGUUCUGGUCUUUCAAGUGAAUUUAGAUAAUCCCAAAUUAGACCCAUAGAUGAGAGUGGAAUCUCUCCCUUGGGAUACCUUUCCCGUUGUCCCAGUGCAGUGCUAGAUAGGAUAUUUGUCUUUAAUGUUGCUAAUCUCCUUAACAACUGUAACUGCUUUCUUUGAACCCAAUCUGUCUGCAAGUUUAUUUAAACUCCAGUUUUGACUCAUCAAAGGACCAAAAAAAAAUUUUUUUUCUCUGCUUGUGACUUUCUUUCACUGUGCAUGGACAAAACUAGUGAGUAGGGGUGGGGUUGGGGGUAGGGGGAUGACAUCACUUGUCUUCUAUCCUGUCUGAGAUUUCCUUUACCAAAUGAGCCAGUGAUUUGUUUAUGCAUCAAGCCUCACCCCAGCCCUCAUUAUACAGGCAGAUAUAAGCAGCUCCUUUGAUAGCUUAUAACAUGAGUGACCCUGUCCAGUUCCCAAUCCUGUUCUUGUACCCAUUUGAAACCCCAUGAGCUGGUUUUCCUCUGUUUGUUUUCUCUCUGUACUCUAGUCUUCCAAACUUCCACCAGAGUGGUCCCUCACGCUCUGCUCACCUUCCAAUCUUUUCCUAGGACACAGCUUCAAACACUUUCACAUUCCUCCAGCAAAUUGAUCCCAAAUAUCCUAGAACCACAUGGCCGUGUUUAUCAUAACCACAGCCCUACUUUUUGGUAUGGGUUUUCUGUAUUAGUUAGUCCUUUUGUUGCUGUGGCAAAAUGCUGUUUAAAAGGCAAUUUAAGACAGGGAGUGUCUAUUUUAUAUAGCAGUUUGAGAAUACAGACCUUCAUGGCAGGGAAGUCCUGGAGGCAGGAGGUAUGAUCUUAUCAGGCCAUUACAGGACAACCAAGGAAACUCUACCUGGAAAGUUUUCUAGGGACUGCCACUUAAUUUAGAUGGCCAUAUUUCAAACCCCAAAGCAUCUUUUAUCUAUCUUAAUCUUCUCACAUCAUACUAUAAUUAUUUGUUUACUAUAGUUGAUCUAUUUCUUCUAUGAGGCUAUUAACAUUUGGACAGUAGCAUGUCAUGAUCCCUGUAUCCUAAUUCUCAUCAAGGGGCCCUAGUAUAUCUUGGUCCUAGUAGCUAAGUUCCCCACACAGAUAAAUAAACUGGCUAGAGCCUGGAAUGGUAGAGGAUUCCCAGGAAUCAGUGGGGUGACAUUAGCUGAGACUUACAGCAGCAGGGAUAUGGAAUCUGAAGAGACAGGAAGCCCAUUGGAGCCAUAGGGACACUAACAUACUCACAAAACUUUCAACCCAAAAUUUAUCCUGUUGACAAGAAAUGCAGGGACUGGGCAUGAAGCAGAGACUGAGGGAAUGGGCAACUAAUAACCAGCCCAACUUGAGACCUACCCUAUGGGCAAGCACCAAUCCUUGACACUAUUAAUGAUACUCUGUUAUACUUAUGAACAGGAGCUUAGCAUAACUGUUCUCUGAGAGGGUCCACCUAGCAUCUGACUGAAACAGAUGUAGAUCCCUACAGCCAAACAAUGGAUGGAGCUUGAGGACUUUUAUGGUUGAGUUGGUGGAAGAACUGAGGUCCCCCAAGGGAUAGGAACUCCACAGAAGACCAACAAAAUCAACUAACCUGGACCCUUGGGGGCUCCCCAGCACACAUGGCUGGGCCUAGGUCACCUGCACAUACAUAGCAGAUGUGCAGCUUGGUAUUCAAGUAGGUGCCCCAACAACUAGAGCAGUUGCUAUCUCUAAAGCUGUGUGUGGACUAUGUUCCCCUAACUGGGUUGCCUUGUCUGGCCUCAGUGGGAGAGGAUGCCCCUAGCUGUGCAGAGACUUGAUUUGCCAGGGUAGGGGGAUACUCAAGGGGAGCCUCCACUGUCUCAGGUAAUAAGGGGAGUAGGGAGGGACUGUUUGAGUGGGGAACUGGGAGGGGGGCAGAGAUCGGUAAAUAAAAAAUAAAUAAAUAAGUGAGUAAAAAAGAAAGAAAAGGAAAAAAAAUGGUUAGCAAACCAGAAAACAGAUUAACACCAUAAGAAAUGAGUGUGGGCUGUCAGAACCCAGGAGGCUGAGGUUGUGAGGUUGAAAAUUUAUGGCUAGCCUGGUGUUCAUAGAGUUCUAAUUCAGCUUUCCCAUUGCCUCAUAAAUGCACUUGUAAAAGAUAGGCCUUGUUCGGGUCCUGUCAGUAAAAUCUUUCUGGCGUAUGCAAUAGCUCUCUCUUGUGAGGCUAUGCCAGUGCCUGGCAAAUACAGAAGUGGAUGCUCACAGUCAUCUAUUGGAUGGAUCAUAGGGCCCCUAAUGAAGGAGCUAGACAAAGAACCCAAGGAGCUAAAGGGGUCUGCAGCUCUAUAGAAGGAACAACAAUAUGAACUAACCAGUACCCCCCAGAGCUGUGUCUCUAGUUGCAUAUGUAGCAGAGGAUGGCCUAGUCGGCCAUCAAUGGGAGGAGAGACCCUUGGUAUUGAGAAGAUCAUAUGCCCCAGUACAGGGGAAUGCUAGGACCAGGAAGUGGGAGUGGGUGGGUUAGGGAGCAGGGCAGGGGGAGGGAACAGGGGGCUUUGGGGAUAGCAUUUGAAAUGUAAAGAAGAAAAUAUCUAAUAAAAAAAGAUAGGCCUUAGGUAACUAACAUUUACUAUAAUAGAAACACAAGUCCCAGAGGUAUCUGAUUAUUUAUUUAUUUUAAGUAAGAAGAGAGUAGAGCCCAGGUGAAGUGUUAGGCCAGGACAUCUGCUUCAUGAAUAAUAUUCCCAGUGUGCCAAGCUCUAUGGAAGAUAAUUUAUGUCAUCUUUUAUUGCAGUUCAGAAAAUAAUAUAACAGAAUAUUUUCUCCACAUCAUAAUGAGGAAAGUUGAGCUUAGGAAAGUCUGUUCAUCAUAGGUCUCAUAUUAUGUUUUUUGGUCUUCAAUUUAUAGAAAUGCAUGAGCUGUGACUGUAAAGUGAUGAGGCUGGUUUUUCUAUAAGGCUGUGUAAAUAGGUCCAAAUCCUUGGUCUUUAGAGGGAGGUGCUCGAAUGCAAUUAUGGUUCACUCUGUUGAAGAGUUUGGGAGCCAAGAAAGAAGAGGAGGGAUACCAGAAGAACCUGUUCCUGGGGAUGACAUUGGGUCUCUUUGGUCAGGUUUCUCAAAUGUGAUGAUGUACUUCAGGUCAAUGCAAGUGGAUUAAGGAAUAUCUAGGAAGUUGGUACAAAAAAAGAAAGAGAGAAAGAAAGAGAGAAGGAAGGAAGGAAGGAAGGAAGGAAGGAAGGAAGGAAGAAAGGAAAAAACCUGGUUGUUGUAAGUGUGCCUGUAAGGGUGUUUCAGGGAGUGAGCAGGUGAGUGUCAGUUCUGCAGAGAACCAUCUUCAGUGGACUUGGGACAUAUGACCAAAAUGGAGAAGAAAGGAAGAUAUUUGCCUCUGUGUCCUGAAACUGUAAUAUACCCAUCUCUUCCUUAAAUAGCAAAAAAACAUGAAGGCUCUGCUAGCCUUUGGACUCUGUAACUUACAGAAGUAUUAGGACUCUAAUUUAUAGAGGUAGGCUGUCUAUAUUUCCAGAAAUUCACUUUAGACCAAAACUCAUAUCACCUUCGUUGUAAGACAUUUGGAUCUGGACCCAACCAUAUUAUUCCCAUGUUAUUAUCUUCAGCUUUCAGGCAAAACCAUAUCCAAAACCCCAGCAUCUGUCAUUGUAUGAUCAAGCUCCUUAGCAAAUCUCCUUUCACCUCUCUCUCUCUCUCUCUCUCUCUCUCUCUCUCUCUCUCUCUCUCUCUCUCUCUCUCUCUCUCUCUCCCUCCCUCCCUCCCUCCCUCUCCCCCCUCUCUCUCUGCGUGCCAGUUUGUCUUUCUAAACAUUCGUCUGUCUGUCUUAUCUGUUCAUAUAAUUAACUCAGUCACUCUGGAGGAAACAGACUAAUACACUGGCCUUCUAGAGACUGUAACGAACAGACUUCAGCUCUCUCUUGCAGCAAAUAUUUGCAGAGCUCUUACUCUGUGCCAGGAUCCUGCCUGUAGGAAAGGGAUCAAGAUGAGCAAACACUUUGUUAUCAGGGCCCCUGCAGUUCUUAUGGGAGAUAGAUUCUUGUGAAAUACACUUGGAGACUUGGAAAGGGUGAGGGGAUCCAAGACUGAUGUUGUAGCAGUUGCAUUCCACAGCUGUCACUUGACUCUAAUUUGGGGAAACUGGUAGAUUCCUCUCCACAUGCAAUUAUGUGUCUUGUUUUACUAUUCAUGUGCUUGUUUUAUGUUGAUUUUAAGUUAUCAUUGUUGUUUUAACUUGUCCAUCGAUUAUUUUGUUUGUGCUUUCUUUGUUUUAUCACUUUGGCAUUAAAAAUAGAAAAGAAAAAUCAAUUGUCUGGUAGAUGCCAUCAUGCUGACUUCUGCCUUGGGAUCUGCUAUAUAUGUUGUGACACUCAGACCAAAGCCUGCAAGGAGUUUUUUAUUACUUUUUUUUAAAAAUGCUUAUUUGGCGAUGAGGCAUUGCUAUGUCAACUAGGCCAGUCUCAAACUCUUAGGCUCACGUGACACUAUCUUCUCAGCAUCCUGAGUUGCUGAGUGUCUGGGAUUAUAGACACACACCACCAAGCCUAGCUAGCUACAAAGGAUCUUUGCUAACACUGCCUAUAGAUGAACAAACACAAACUCACAGGCAAGUGACUUACCUCACAUUUCAGAUCUUAAAUGGCAAGGCUCGGAUUAAGGUCAGGCUUUUAAUCCCUGACUAACGUGCCUUUUCCCUGAUGUAGUAGAUAGAUGUGUACUCCAUGAAGAAGAAUGUGAAGUCUAGGAGGAAAAAAAAAGACAAAGGUAGGAUUAAACUCAUCAGAAAUUUUAGGUUAGUUGUGAUAAGGAAAACCAUUUAAUAUGCAUUUUACUUGGGAAAUAUGCAAAAAGUAGUGAGAAAUGAUGUUUUCAACCAUGGCUGGGCAGCUGUUGUAGAAGGAUUGCUUUUGGAUCCUGAGGACACAGACCCUACCUUUACCCACAGUUCACAUGCAAUUGUAUUUUUUGCAACUAUUUUUUGCCCCAAAAGGAAGUUCAGUCACUUUUUAAAAAUAUCUGUUCAAGUGUGCAUGUAUGUGGGGUCAAAUUAUAGAGGUGUAGGUAUAUUUUUGAGAAACACUUUUGUCUUUAAAAAUAAGUGUCUCCUCAGUUGCUUCUCUAAUUCAGGUUUGAGACAGAGUCUUUCACUGACCCAGAGCUCAGUAAUUAGAUAGAAGUUACCUGUUACCCCCAUGGUCCUCCUGUGUCUGCAUCCCAGCUCUGGGAUCAGAGUCAUCCACUUCUGUACCUGGAUUUUCACAUGGGUGCUGCAAUCCAACUUUCCUGCUUGUGCUGUGAGCACUUUGUCAGCUGAUGCAUCGCAUUAGUCUAGCCAAGUCACCCUUACCAUUCUGCUCAUUAGCAACACAUUCCUACCCAUGUCCAUCCCCAUGUCCUGUGUCUCUCAGCAGCCUACACCAUGGUAUUUCCUCAGUUACCCUGUUCUCUGGGUCCACCUUAUGUAGAUGAGUUUCUGUGAUACAAAUAUACCUCAAAUUAUGGGCUUCCUCUUUCAUGCUUCUUUCAAAUGCACACAGAGCAGCUGGGCACAACACUCCUCUGAUAAACACAAGCUGUAAGUUUUCCUCAUUUCUGAAUAACACACAGUUUGAAAUUGCUUUAAUGGCUGGAUACAAAUUUUAUUAUGGAUCAGUUUGGCUAUCUGUGUGGGGCCUUGAAUUUCCCAACAGCAAUCCACAACUAGGCAAGCUCUUUGAGGUAAAGCAGCUUAGUAAUGAUCUUGUAAUUUUUUCAUUUGGAAGUGGUGAUUUCUAUUUCUAAAACAGGCUAUUUCUUAAAAUGAAAUAGAGAGAGAGACAUAGGGGGAGGGGGGCAGAGAGAUAGGCAGAGAAAUACACACACACACACACACACACACACACACACACACACACCACAUUUCUUGCAAAUGUGUUGGCCUUGAUUUUUUUACAGCUUAUUUGUCCACAGAGGCACUUCAGAGAAGAAACCAGUUAUAUCAAAGGAUAGUGCUUUUUCUUUUGUUAAAUAAGGACUAGCAUCAUGGAAGAAUAGUCAGUCUAUGCAGUGUGUCAUUUAACAUUGUUCUGAAUUGCAUUAAGAAGUCCUAAAUUCAUAUGUGGACGUCCAAACCAUCAAUGUGGCAGUAUUUGGAGGUGGGGCUUUCAGAAGGUGAUUAUAGUUACUUAGGUAUGGAUAUAAAAGUGAUCCUGACUCUAUGGAACUGGUGGUUUUGUAACAAAGAGAGCAUAGUCUGUGUGCCAUGGAUACACAUACAGCCAGGAGGUAGCUGUCAGAAUCCAGGAGGAGAGCCCUCCUCAGUGAUCUCAGACUUCUAAGGUACAGAACUAUAAGAGGGAAGUUUCUCUUGUUGAAGCCACCAGUGUGUAGAUUUGCUUUGACAGCCUGAGAUGGCUAGGUUAGACCCUCAUAAACACUGUACAAAUGUAUUGGUAUCAUGCCUGCAUUUAUAGAGAUGCAAGCUGGAGGCUAGUUUAGCUAAGCAACAGAAGUAAUGUUGCACAGAUGGUGGGCUGUUGAGGUGGGAGUCAGUCUAGCCUCUAACUGCAGUGCCCCAAACCCUUUUAUCCACGAGACACCAUAAAAUAGAGGCUUUUCCUUGCUCUAAAUCACAGCCAGGAGGUUACAAUGGAGUUUGUGGUCCUAAAUCUGAGUCCUUCCACUUACAUUAUAAAUGAGCAACAUUCCAUUUUCUUAACAAAUAGUGAUAGCAUCAUGCUAGACUCUACUCUGUAGAGAUCAGAUGUGAUCAAGCAGGCAAGAAGCACUGAGAUGCCAGCAGUUAAGUGGCUAUCUCAGGUCAGACAGGAUGUAAUGCAAUAGUCUGUUUUUAAGGUACAGGCUAAGGCACGGGAGCCUUUGGGUCCAAUAAAGAUGCUUUGACUGUUUUGUCCCUAGGACACAUCCAUAAAGGAGAACUUUAAUGCCCUUCAAAAAUAGCAAAUAAGAAAGCAUGUUGAGGAUGAGAAAAAAAUGGUGUUGCCCCCAGUUCUCCGCUGUUCCUUCAGGCUCUUCCUUCUUGUUUCAUCCUGACGUCUGCAAUAGGCUGUCGUCUCCUCAAACCCAUUGCCUCCAGGAUAUUCUUUUUCAAUCCAUAUUACAGAGAGUUGCACUUGCUAGCUAUCAAAAUCACACUUGAUUCUUUUCCUUUACUCCACCCCCAAAUCCAAAUGUGGGGCCAAUCUUAGCUAUUGCAUUUGCCCCUUCCCUUUCCUUUUGCCUUGGAUGCUACUAUUCCCAUUGACAUUGAUGUUCCCAUUCUCCUACUCUUUGGGUACUCCUGCAAUCCAUUCUCUAGCCUACAGCAUGGUCAAAGCAUCUGAAAGGUUUCAUCUCUUAGAUCCUGGUACUUGCCUGCUGAAAGUCUCUGAAGUUAUUGCACUGAAUUUAAAAUUAAAUCCUUAUACAGUUUCGGUGGUGCCCAUGAUCCAAUGCUCUCAUGCCUUCUGCUUUCACCUAAAGCUCCUCUGCCAGUCACCUCACAACAGCCAUUUUCAUGGCCCAAUUUGGCUGGAUCCAAUAGUCAAUCAGGUCUCCCUUCGGAUGUCACCUCUGCAAAGAUGCUUUCUCUAACUACCUAACUUAUCAUCCUUUCCAUCCCGUCAACUCCCAUAACACUUUUUUUUUAUAGCACAUUGCCCAAUCUAAAUAUGUCUAUUUACUUAUUUUUCAUGAUCUCUUUUCCCACCUCAAUACUUAUUCACACCCUUGCAGGAAGGCAUAUAAAAAUAUUUGUGUUAUUAAUGGGCUACUGCAUCUCCAGUCCUUUAAAGACUGCCCACCAUAAAAUAGACAUGUAAUCAUAUUUACAGAUUAGUAAGUGGUUUAAUGUGUGAGAAAAUUGGAAAUAGUGCUGGAGGGCUUUCAAAGGGAAAAAAAUACCGAGCCAGGGUCUCCUGCAGCUCAGGAUGGCCUCAAACUCACUAUAUAGCAGAGAAUGAAGUUGACUUUCUAAAUUUCAUUGUUCUGCUUUCCUUGUGCUUAGAUCACAGGCAGCUGUCACUGUGCCCAGACUAUGUGAUGUUGGGAUCAAACCUAGGGAUUCCUGUGUGAUAGGCAAACACUGCUCACUGAACUAUCUCCCUAUAUUCUUUUUCCAGAGUUAAGAGUUUUUGUCAUUUUAAAAUUUUGUUUUUUUUUUAAUUUGCCUUGGUUAUCUACUGCUAUGUGAUUCAUGAAGAGCCAGUUUGCACAACCUAGAAUACCACUUUGAAACAUACACACACACACACACACAGACACAGACACACACACACACACACACACACACCUUAUGCAUACAUGACAUGCAGAAUGCAGCAGGUGUAGCAGUACACAGAAACCUUGAAGUAUUAGGAGCCAGAUACUCUUUAGGUUCUGGGCAGAAGUUGCCUGACAGUCUUAACGCAGUGUUUUUGCUGACUGGUUGUCCUUCUGUGACAUGAGGCAAGGACCCACUUGUACUGGGUUAUCUUCCCAAGAGGCAAGUGAGAUUCUAUCACCAACCACAGUUUACACCUAAAUAGGAAAACAAUGGGAACAUCAUCUCACCAUCUGAUUUCAUCAGGUUUAACCAAACAUCAUUAGGCUGUGCCAUGCAUUUUCUUGUUAGGAUGCUUCUUCCUCUAACCUAGGUUCUCUGGGCCACUCAAUCUGUAGGCUGCAGAUAUCACCUGCUGGUUCAAGUUGCCUCCUGUCACUAGAGUUCUUUUCUGGAAGCCACCAGAACUCUUUACAGCCUUUCUUCCUGUCUACUUCUCCUUUCCUCCAUCUCUAAAAGUCUGCUUUUCUUCAGUCAUUCACAACGAUUUCUCUCCAGGUACGCAGUUAUCUUGCCCUGUGUGGACUAUAGCCCCUGAAAUCUGGAUCUUGUCAUAAGUAACAAAGGUUGUGUAGGUAAGUUGACCCUCUCCCGUGCCCAAGGGGUUUUAUGACCUUUCCCUCAAACCUUUCUCCAUGUCACCUGUUAUUACAUAAAAAUACAUGUUGUGCUAUAGAACCAUAAAGUGUGUUAAUGAUGGUUCCCAGCCUUCACAGCAUCAACUGCAUCUAUAGGUUUAAUCCAAAUUGAUCUCCUCCAUACAUGUAUUUGAUUAGACCUUUCUACUCCCAGAGAUACUGGCUUUCCAAGCCUGCCUCAUUCCUGGAUGGAAGAACCUCUUUCUCUAAUCUUCCCAGACCAAGAGACUACUUCUUACCUUAAGCCAGGACCAAGCUAUCACCCACAGAACCUGCCAAAAUAUUAUCCCCCAUAUGUAACCCAGUUUUCCCAUCCUUCCUUGUCCAACCCCUCCCAUGGAAACCAUAAGAAAGCCUCUUGCCACAUUUCUUCUUACUUUCUAUAUCUCCAGACCAACCCUGGAUAUGUCACUGGGUGAUAUGGUCCUUCUCUUGGGGACUAUAAAGAAUACACUCUCCUUUUAAGGGUCUGUGUGCUGGUCACCUUCUCUGUUUUGAUUAAGCAUUCUUCCAGCUAUAAUUAGACACAGUUGUGCUCUCUACCCUUUGGAUGAGAUAGGUAUUGUUUGGUAUGAGUUGCACAGAGAUGGAGACAUGAGAAUUCCAUAUUUGAACAGAAAACCCAGCUUCAAAGCCAGUAUUCCAUAUGAUAAAUUGUUUCUACAUAUAAAUUCAUACAUCCAAGAAGGUGUAAUUAGAAGCCUAUCCUAUCAUACCAGGGGCCAAAGCUUUUCCCAGAAUAUUCCUGGCACAAAUUGUUUAAUCGUGUUCAUUGUAAUCUUCAACUCUGUUUCCUUUGCCCAUACAGAUAAGAUCUUUACAGUGUCUUCCUUGACUCAAAAGUUCGUGGAUUCAGAUUUAUUCUGUCACAGAGACUAAGCUAGGAGCUGUGGUGACAGGAGAGUAUAGAGCCAGGCCUCUGGUCUUUCAGUCCCCAGAAGCCUUUACUUGGAGGAAGGUAGCCUGGAAAACAGUCACUUUCUGAGGUUGUUACUUCACAGGCACAAGCCUCAGUGUGUGUUAUUGAGGACUCUUAUCUCCACGUCAGCUCAUCUCUGCUUCUGUUUUUCACCAGCCUCAGUCAUCCUCGUCCCAUCUGGAAAUUUGCACAUGUUUCUUCUUUCUUCACAUUUCCAAUAACUCUUCCUAUCUCAAGCCACCUUUCCUGAGUUAAUGCAACAAUAGCCUCACCCUCACUUCCUGAUAAGAAAUCAGACCAACAGGUGUCUGAGAAGAUCUGAGGAGGAUACCACUGAGCAGCAGGGACAGAGGACCUGGGACCUUCUGACCAGGCUCAGCUUAUAUCCUCACCCCUAAACAAGAUACAGGUUCGGUGACAAGAAGUUCUAAGCACAGGAUCUCAUUGUCACCAUACAGGGUAACACAUGUAAGAGCCUUUCUAGCUGUUGAUUCUGGAUCCCAGCAUCACAGGGUCCAGAGGAUUAUGUAUGUAGAGAAAGCUCAGACUGUUUUCUGGGAGAAAAACAUGUAUCAAAACUAGUGGGUGUUUCCUCAGCCUUCUUGGGUGUAGGGGAGUGUAGAAGCUGGAGGAGCAGUGGUAAUCCCCAAAUACUGGGGGUGUUCCCCAAAUAUUGGUAGUGCUCCCAGUAUCACCCAAUCGCUGUCUGCACAAUUUCUUCUCUCAGCCUUGCAAGCCCAAAACCUUAUGAAGGAGUCUUGUCUCCCAUUCCCGUCUGAGCAGUACUUGUUCUCCCAAUAUAAUUUUCACUAUAGCUGAUAAGACUAGCGAUAAGUACUCUAUCCUUCCAAGGUAAGAUGCUCUAAUUAAAAAAUUUUAAGCCUAAAACAUGUACAUGAGCUAAGCAUUUUUACAAGUGGGAUUGGGGCACUAUUCCUUUUUUUUGCUCAGUCCCUUGGAAAUGAAACAGGUAGGAUGCCUUUGUAUCCUUCGGCAAGUAAAGUAAUAAACACGAAGAGCUUAAUGCUUAUUUUUGAAUUACAUUUCAUUUUGGCAAUUGUGUGGAGCCCUGCCUAAUUUAACAAAAGGCUCCGAGAAAAAAAAAAAAAAGAAUACAGUGGAGCAGACGCACAUAGCAACCAUUAAAUUAGGAUACAGGCACGAGUGCCACGCAGAGAGGGGAGGCUUCUGCCAGGCAGAGCAGGGGCAAGAAUAAUGGCAGGCCCAAGGAAAACUGGCGCUUUUGGGUUUAGACUGAAGGAGAUGGAUCUUAGCCCAAAGGAACCUAGAGACUGGCCUCUAGGAACACUGUAUCCUGGAGUUCCCUCUUGGCGCUAUAAUGAUGCUUUCUCCUGUGAUCAGAAAGUCAUAGAUGGAUGUUCUGAAGAUCAGUCCUACUACAGUUUAGGAUCUCCACGUGAUUUCCCCAGCUCUUCCUUUUCCCCACAAUAAGAUGCACAGAUAGUGGGGAUUACUUUGCAUGCUGUCUUGUAAGAAGAAAUUCAAUUGCCAGCUAGGGAGGCAAGACAUGGAGUGGAUGGGCAUUAAGUGUUUCCAGGUAGGCCAUCAAAACAGGAAGCAUAGUACAGCUUUUUGCAUAGGCCCAGGAAAGCUGUGCCUUAGGACUAAAGCCUGCAUGGACAGUUGCAGAGGACUGGGCAUCCACAGGGGCUCAGCUACCUGGAGUGGCAAAGGCAGUUCAGUUCUCCAGGGCGGGGUCUGACAACUUCUGCAUGGCAUUGCGGAAGGAAGGUGCCAGUGUCAGUUUUCAAUUUGCUGCUUUCCCCAGAACUCCUUCUCCAGCCCUCCCCUCUACCUCCCCACCCAUACCAGGGGAGGCAGUGAAAGGGACUCAACAUCUCCUCAGCUCGCUCUGGUACAAGGAGAGCGCGGAGCCCCUUGAAACACCACUGUCCCUCGGGGAUCUGGGCCUUAGUGGGUGCUUCUGUCUCGGCGCUGCGGGGGUUAAGGUGGGCGCCCGCGCCCAGCACCAGCCGGGAUGAGCGCGCAGUCCGCACCACCCGCCAGCCGGCUUGCUCCGAGUCGACACAGGGAGAAAGUGGCGGUCAGGGAUGCUGCUGCUGCCAUGACAACCCCGGCGGUCGGGGCCCGCGUGCUUCAGGGCUGCUCCCCGGAGGAAGGCGGCGCGGAGGCCGGGGGCGGCCGCUGAGCGUGGCGUCCGCGCGUCCCCGCGUCCCGUGCAGCGUCCCUGGAGGAGGCGGGGGCCGCAGUCCGCUCAGCUCCCCGCGCCCAAAGCUGCGCCGCGGCGCUCCGCGGGCUGGUGAGGGCCAGGCCAACAGGACUCGCCCACUGGGCUACUGGGAGGACAGCUUCGGAGCAAGCGGAGGAACCAGGCUACACCUGCUGCGGGUCACUGCGUGGAACUUUUUAUCGCCUUGGGGUCCAGAUGCGAGACUCGGGGCUGUUUUCUAACUCCAUCCAAACAUGUGUGUGAUCUAAUAAAACAUUUUCUCCUCUCCUUGAAAUCAGGAGCUUUAAAAACAAUUUUUUAUGACAUCUCCUUUCUGUCAGAGACACUUGCCUUCUUUGGGUUAUAAACUUUUGAUGCCAGACCUCUGCAGAACGCGCCCAACUGAAUCUUAAAGUAGCUUCACCGAGAAAGGCAGAGAACGCACAAUCUGUGACCUUCGUCCCUGCUCCUUCUUUCGUGCUCUCCCUCCCCCGGGCUCCCUCCGCCCCAGGGAGCGUCGAGAAAGCUCUUUUUUGGAUGCAGGAGGGGGCAUCUGGUUCUGCUAGGCUGGAAAGCUGAGGCUGAAGCCGAGGAAGAAUUAUUAGGCUCCGGAGAGCCUGGACUCAGCCUUGCCUUCUCCCGCUCCCAGCUCCUGGUUCGCUCUCUGUGUGCUUUCGCCCCUCAACACUUCCGGCUGUUCUGAGAGGGCUAGGGACAAGGACCUUGUCGCUGCAGGAGUUCUGGGAAGUUGUGGCUGUCGAGAAUGGGGGUCUGUGGGUACCUGUUCCUGCCCUGGAAGUGCCUCGUGGUCGUGUCUCUCAGGCUGCUAUUCCUUGUACCCACAGGAGUGCCGGUGCGCAGCGGAGAUGCCACCUUUCCCAAAGCUAUGGACAACGUGACGGUCCGGCAGGGGGAGAGCGCCACCCUCAGGUGUACCAUAGAUGAUCGGGUCACCCGGGUAGCCUGGCUAAACCGCAGCACAAUCCUCUAUGCUGGGAAUGACAAGUGGUCCAUAGACCCUCGAGUGAUCAUUUUGGUCAACACGCCUACCCAAUACAGUAUCAUGAUCCAGAAUGUGGAUGUAUACGAUGAAGGUCCAUACACCUGCUCUGUGCAGACAGACAAUCACCCCAAAACCUCCCGGGUCCAUCUCAUAGUGCAAGUUCCUCCCCAGAUAAUGAACAUCUCGUCAGACAUUACCGUGAAUGAAGGAAGCAGUGUGACCCUGUUAUGUCUUGCAAUUGGCAGACCAGAACCAACGGUGACAUGGAGGCACCUGUCAGUCAAGGGCCAGGGAUUUGUGAGUGAAGAUGAAUACCUGGAAAUCUCAGACAUCAAACGUGACCAGUCUGGGGAGUACGAGUGCAGCGCCUUGAAUGACGUCGCUGCACCUGAUGUUCGGAAAGUAAAAAUCACUGUAAACUACCCUCCCUAUAUAUCUAAAGCCAAGAACACUGGUGUUUCAGUGGGUCAGAAGGGCAUCUUGAGCUGCGAAGCCUCUGCUGUCCCGAUGGCUGAAUUCCAGUGGUUCAAAGAAGAUACCAGGUUAGCCACUGGCCUGGAUGGGGUGAGAAUUGAGAACAAAGGCCGCAUAUCCACUUUGACUUUCUUCAAUGUCUCAGAGAAGGAUUAUGGGAACUAUACCUGUGUGGCCACAAACAAGCUUGGGAACACCAAUGCCAGCAUCACCCUGUAUGAAAUAAGCCCCUCAUCAGCAGUGGCAGGGCCUGGAGCAGUGAUUGAUGGUGUAAACUCGGCCUCCAGAGCACUGGCUUGUCUCUGGCUCUCAGGGACCUUCUUUGCCCACUUCUUCAUCAAGUUUUGAUAAGAAACCAUAGGUCCUCUGAGCAUCGCCUGCUUCUCCAUAUCACAGACUUUAAUCUACACUGCGGAGGGCAAACCAGUUUGGGCUUCUUUUUGUUUAUUUUUCGUUCUUCUUGACUAUUUUGGUUUUUGGUUUGAUUUCUUGGAUUUUCAAUUUUAUUUGAUUUUUCUUUUUUUUUCUUCUUUUUCUUCUUCUUCUUUUUUUUUUUUUUUUUUUUGAAUGAGUGGGGUUGGGAUGGGCAGGGUUCUACCAAGGGUAGGGUAAUCAUUCAUUGGUAUGCCCCCAAACGGAAUCUAUUCCUGCUACCUUGGUCUUCCUUUUCUCUACUUCUCUUCUUACCACCAUUAACACACACACACACACACACACACACACACACACCCUAAAAAUAAAAAUGGGCUAAAAAAUGUCCCAUGAUAAGUACCCUGAUGGUACACCUUGGCUCACAAUGCAGUACACAAUAAGAGUUGCAUCUACAUGUCCUAUUUUCUUUGUCCUUUAAGCUUUCAAUAAGACAGUUUUAAAAGUGCAUAUCCUUAUCCCCAUGCUAAUAGCACCUAUCCCAUUAGGCUUCACAUCUUGUCUUUCUAAGAAGCUGCCUAACUGCAUCCUUAAAUGUGUACACACAUACAAAUAUAUGUAAAAAAUUUCCAUCUUCACUGGCCAUUCUCCUCUAUAUGCUUUUUGCCACUAGCUGUAAGACUUACAGAAUUGAGACUAUAUAUGUACCCAACGCUACAAAUUUAGGAGUCAAGUAAACAAAUGAGGGAAGUCUAUUUAGGAUAGUACUUCCCUUAAAACGCUGUUGCAACUCAUAAAAAACUGAUCAAUAGCUGGCUAAUUAUAUUAAGCUUUCAAAGCAAUCAUACUAUUAUCCAUUUACUCAAUUGAUUUGUGGCUCCAUCUAGUUCUACAUAACCUGUCUUUUUCUCUUAUAAUCUAUUUGAUCUAUUUAACUAAUCAUUCUUUUUCUCUUCCCACUACACACUAUCAAUUCAUCCCAUAUUAAUCUCUAAUCAUAUUGUGUCUAUGCCACUAUCUCCAUAUCUCUACUACCAUCAAUAGACAUUUCCACCUUCAAAAUUGCCUAGCAACUUCUUAUGUGAAAGCCAGUGGUCUUGCAGGCUAACUACCCAGAAGAACAAUUUCCUAUGCCAUGGAUCCUUGAGAAUGCAGUAACCCAUCCACCCAAAUUAGACCUUGUGAACAGAUGGACCAAAGUAGCAAUCUAAAGAUCAGUCACUCAUGAUUUUCAGAGAGGCUGUUCCCUAAGCCACCUUCUCAGGAGGCAGGUCAGCCCUGGGAAAGCCUUGAUUAUGCUGCAUUUCUCCUUUAACAGCUGGAAAAUUAAGGUACCAACCCCGUGCUUCUCUCAGCCUUUCAAGAAAAGUACAUGUCAGGAACUUGGGGAAACUUCUUCGUGGCUGGCUUUCAUUAGCAGAAAGAACCUGACCUCCCUCCACCACACCCCCCCCCCCCCAGAAAAGCAUAUAUCUUUCCCUUCAAUGUAAAGACAGUGGUCCAUCAGCCAAAGCGUGAUAACCAGAGCUCAGCAUCUCCCUACUGCUCCAGUUUUGAUUUGAAUUGUUUGAAAAUUAUCCAGCCAAGGGCUGAUGGAGGCCAAUUACGUGGCGUGUGUGUUGACAACUCUGGUAUUUGUUUCAGAAAGCUCUUCUGAGCUGAGGGCACUUGAGCUACUGACUUAAUUUCCAAGCACUUGAUUAACACAACAUGGCAAACAGAGGGGAAGUGUAAGUAAUACUGUUUUCCUGGGCUGUUUCUCUCGAAGCUUUGGGGAUAAAUGUCCCCAAAUUCCUAUGUUCAAAGCAGGCCUCCUGUACAAAGAAGAUCUGAUUCCACCUCUCAGCAUUGACUCUUGGGAAAAGAAGAGCCCAGCCAACAAGAGAGCCUACAGUUCAAACAUCAUUAAAGGUCACAAGGGGCUCUGGAGGAACUGGCUUACUGAGAAGUUGAGAAGGAGCACCAGCAGUGAUUUUCUUAAAGACAUGUCCUGCCUCCCUCAGGGACCUUUUUCAGGUCCACCUCUAAAAACUAAAUGACUGUGGGCUCCAUUAGAGUUCAUUUCCCUUAGAGCUUAACUGAUCACUUGUUACAGUAUAACUGCCCACUCUGUGGCACUAUGGCCACAGAAGUACAAAACCCACAGUAGGGACAUAUAUACCUGUGUAUACAUAUUCACAUAUAUACAAAUGCAGGCUUCUUUGGCAUACAAAAAGCUCAGCACUGUCAUAAGAGAUAGAGCUGGGGUGAGCAAAAUUAAUACUCUUCUUGCCAGCUGUAAACAGACAUCUGCAUUUCCUAGUGAGCUGCCAAGAAUGAGACUCUGGGAGCAUAAAUGAUGUGCCAAAAACAGUCUAUUUAUUCCAACUUCCAGAAGCAAUCAGGAGCAGGCACAAAGUCAGAAUUACAGGUCGGAUAUAUGAAUUUCAGAUCUGUCACCACGCUCAGCACCUGGGAUUGGGUUGGUGUCAAGCAUUGUAUGAGACAUAAACAUGGCAUUUGCGUUUUCUACUAAUACUACUUUUGUUGCUUUGGAGAAAAGGAAAUGUGGAUGCCAUGGAAACUGAAAAGUGUUGGGUGAUGUGCUGCUUGAAAUGGACAAGCCCAAAUUGGUCUUCACUACCUUGUGCAAGCAGAUCAUCAAAACCCCAGUUGAGUAUGGACUCAGGGUCAUCCUGCAUCUCUGAUGUGCCUACUUUCACUGGAUACUAGAAAUUUCUGUGGUGGUAACCUACUCCAGCCAAACUUCCGAAGGAAACACAUGCUGCAGUCAAUCCUCCUCUGUCUGGGAGAAAAAUCAAAAGCCAAGUAGAAAUGACUAAAGGCAACUGAGUACCAGAUAUAAAAGUGACUUCCUCACAGCAAAUGUGCCCCAGCUCUUGUUAUUUGAGUGACUUUGGUAAGGAUGACUCCAUGUGAUGGGAGCUGACAGGACAGCAGCUGCUUCCUAAAAACAACAUGUAUACUUACACAUGCCUUUCCAACCAUAUACAUGAAGGGUGGACAAUCAGGCCCACUAGACAGAUUUGUUUAGCUUGCCAAGGGUGGGUGUGAGGAAGGUAUAAGGUUAGGAAAAAGGAAUCACAUUAGUCUAAGUAGCUGGUAAAAUGUUGUGGGUUUUCUAAGUGAAACCCAAAUACAGGUUAUCAAGAGAUUAGGUAAAAGAAAGUCAGCAAAGGUAGUUAUUCUAAAACUUCUCCCCUUCCCAAACCAAUGCUAAUUUGUUCUUCCACCAAAGUAUGCCAAUGAAAGUGCUAGUGUUCUGCCUCUGGCAAAGCCUGUUUUUUGAAUAGUUUAAUGUCAAGUGCCUGAUACAGUCAUCUGCAAGUUUAAUCAAGAGUGUUUGGAUUUUCUUUUUUUGUUCUCAUUGGUUAGGUUGGAGACAUAGUAGAUUAGUUGUCAAAACAUAUACAGCUCUGACACAGAGAGCUAGGUAUGUGGCUCUUCUGCUGUGGGCGAAGCUGUGUUCAACAGAUGGAAAUGGACAUCUGUAUGUCACCAAGAUGGCUCAUGCCUGUCCUUACACUGCUUUGGGCUGUUGUUCACAGGUUGGGAAGUUAGUUUUCAAAAUAUGGUCAUAGGUUUGGUUUGGAAUUCUAGGACCUUCAUAACUGAGGCUGCAUUUUAAUGAUCUCUUUCUAUAUCCAUCUGGUCACAUUGUCCUCAGCAAGAAGGAAUAGCAAACCUGCCUACAAUAGGAAAAAUAUCAAAAGAGCAGAGCCCCACCUUCCCCAAGUGGACACUGGAUCCCAGAGAGUUUAUCACAGGCACUGGAUAAAGAAAAGUUGGAAAUUUAAUACAAAUGAUUUGAUUGAUACUUCCAGGGACAAAGAACACAUGCUCUUCGUAGCCUAUAUGGCUAAUACCAGCCUCAUAAGACAGUGGGGGAGGAAUAGCUUAUGAAUAUUUGAGGGAAUAUCUGCCCCCAAUUUGAUCCUGAGUUUUUACCAGGAUCAAAAAAAAAAAUUGUUUGACAAUACCCAGAAUACCCUUUUCCCCUCCAGAGCUACUCUUGUUGGAAUUAGAGGAAGCAACAUAAUUCUUAUUUUUAAUUUUUUGGGGCAAAAUGUAUUUUUCCCCAACAGCAAGAAUAUUUGGGUUUUCUUUGGCAUAAACCUUAUUUCUAGAAAUCCUCAUGUCCAAUUGCUUUCCCCCUUAUUAUCCAAAGCUUCAGUCUCUCUUUCUUUCAAGACAAAUAUGUUUAAGUAGCUGCAGUCACACCUCACAGGUGUUCAAAGAGAAGGGCAACUCUAUACAGGAUACCAUAUGAUUAGAGCUUCUAAUGACCACACAGAAGGCAAACAAAUAAAAAUGCCAAGCUCAUUUCCCUCAUUUCUUACUCAAGAGAAGAGAAGUAAAUGAAAGGAAGGAGAACUAGAUUUGCAAUUACAAAUGUGGCAAAAAGAUACAGCAGAACCGGUGCAAUUUAGCCUUCAGGUGCAGAAUAUGGAGGCCAAAAGAAUGUGGAGUGGACUUAAUUAGAUGCAAUUGUCUUCAUAGUGAAAGUAGUCAGCUAAACCCAAUCUCCAGCAUUUUGGAAGAGACUUCCUGCCCCUCCUCCCCGGAGUGGUGCCCUCUUUAGGCACAUGGUUGUUCCACACCACUAGGUGGAGAAGGAAAGAUUGAGAGCUACUCACAAUCCUUGUGGAGCUCCAUUCUAGGUUAUUUGGCAGAGCAUAAGAAUCUCAAUAAUAACAGUGGUAAGUAAUAGCUGCCCUUGUGUUAGUGAAGAGGAACAUUUUUAAUCAUUCAGAAAUUUUCGUGACAUGUAAAGUGCAAUUGUGAGGAAUGUGUGGGUGUACGAAAAUGUAUCUGUCAAGUUCAGAGUCCUCUAGAUUAAAAAAAAAAAACUUAUAAGAUUAUCAAUGGUGCCGUUAAUAGAUGUGUUGGACAAUGGGUGUACCCAUUUUCACAAUUAUUCUCAAAACAAAUCUAUGUUCAGAUGCUUUAAAAUUUUAUCACAUGAUACAAGAAUAUAACUUUGUCAGCCUUUAAAAGUUCCUUUUCUUUUACUUUCUUAUUUUUUUUCCUUCAAAAAUCAAUGAAGACUUGAUUUCUGUCAAUCAUUGUAUUGAGGGUGAAUAUACUACCUGAAUUUUGUGCAUGUUACAUUGUAGUUGUAACCUUUUCUAAUUCAGGAUGAAUACAAGAUGGUUGUGAUUGUGCAGUGUAUCAAUAAAGUUUGAAGACAUUUGUAACUUU